AUGGCAGCUAAACAGACCGUGUUGCUGCUGGGCGCCACCGGCACCGCUGGAACCGAGGUUCUGAGCGGUCUCCUUGCAGAUGACAGCUUCCAUGUCAUUGCCUUCACCAGGCCUGCUUCUGCCACAUCUCCAGCCGUCGCCAAACUACGAGAACGUGGCGUUUCAAUCAGAGUGGGCGAAGUCCGAGCUCCGGUCGCCGACCUCGUCCCUCACCUCAAGGGCAUCGACAUUCUCGUGAGCGCCCUGGGGCCAAAUGCCCAGCUCGCCCAGCUCAACUGGGUGGACGCAGCAAAAGAGGCCGGGACCAAGCGCUUCGUCCCUUGCGGCUUCACGACCAUCAGCCCGCGGGGCGGGGCCAUGCUGAUCCGCGAUGAAAAGGAGCAGGUGCAUGACCGCAUCUUCUUCCAGAAAGUCCCCUUCACCAUCAUCGACGUCGGCUUCUGGCAUCAGCUCAGUUUUCCAUGGCUGCCGUCCGGAAAGGCAGACUAUGCCAUCACCAUGUUCCCCGUCAAGGAGAUCUACGGUGAUGGGAACGCGCCGAACCUGCUGACCGACAUGCACGACCAAGGCCGCUUCGUGGCCCGCAUCAUCAAGGAUCCGCGGACACUGAACAAGCGCGUCGUGACCUACUCGGACGAGCUGUCGCAGAGCCAGCUGUGGGAAAUCGCAGAACGGCUUAGUGGGGAAACGAUCCCUCGCAACUACGUAUCCAAAGCCGAAGCCGAAGAACAACUUCGUUCCGCCCUGGAAGCCGUGAAGAACGCCCCGCCUGGCGACUGGAUGGCACGUGCCGCCCUCUUCGGCGCGCAGUACAACCACUCCAAAUUCAUCCGCGGCGACAACACGCUCGAGAACGCAAAGUACUUGGGCUACCUGGACGCGCGGGAGCUGUAUCCGGACUUCAAGCCCGUCACAUUCGAGGAUUUCAUGAGGGGGGUGUUGGCGGGCAAGGCCACCAAGGCUUACGGUGGCCAGUCGAUUGAAGAUAAACUUGGAGGGCGUAAUGCAUUCCGUGUGGAGGAUGCUGCUGUAGCUUAG